AACCAUGAAGACACUGAGUGGUGUUCUUCUGCUCUCCCUGAUGUUGGCAGAUGCCACGUUGGGCGACAUUCAGAAGAGGAUCAUCGGGGGGAAGGAUUGUAAUGACAAGGAAAGGCUGUACCAUGUGCGCAUAGAAUGGCUUAAUGGACAAGGCUUUCAUUAUCAGUGUGGUGGUUCUCUGAUCAGCGACCAGUGGGUUCUAACUGCUGCUCACUGCAGGCCUACUGAAAAUGUGAUAAAGAAACAUCAAUUUGUUCCUCAUGUGUAUGUAGUACUGGGUAAACAUCCAGGCUCAGGUCAUGUCAAGGGUCCAGUAAAAAUUGAAGCGACUGAUACACAUGUUCACCCAGACCAGCAUGACAUCAUGCUACUGAAGUUACCUGAAUCUGCCAAGGAGAACACAAUUACGCCUGUCAAUCCUCCUGACUGUUUAACUACACCUGCCAAAAAGAGGAAAACAGAGGACAGUGGGAAGACCUCUGAACUAAAGCUGGGUGAUACAGUUCAGAUCGCAGGUUAUGGUGGCACCCAAGCUGAUUCUGACGGUAACAGAGUAGUUGAUGUAUCAACUACUCUGAAGUGUGCAGAGUAUGAAGUUGUGAGCUGUUAUAACAUAAAUAUUCAGCAAUCAAUUAAAAAACAACACAUCUUCUGUACUAAAAGGAGCAAAGUGGAUACCUGUUUCGGUGAUUCUGGGGGAGGUGUGGUGUUUGAUGGGGACCAGCUGUAUGGUGUUCAUCAAGGAGGCUUUUUAAUAGCAUGCAGUUCACCAGGCAUUGUCAUGGAUGUCUGCAAGUACAAAGAUUGGAUUUGGAAAACCACUCACAUCCCGACCUGGGAGAUCAAGCCUUGAAAGUGAAUUUAAUUAACAGUAGAAGCUAAUCACUGUAUCCCAAUAAACCAUAAAGAGAUUUUAGAUCUCCGUACAUUAACUCAAACUUAACUAGGACACAGUAUAUUCGCUGAUGACUGAACUAGAUAUGCAUUGUUGAGGCAAUUAAAGGAGUUCUACUCUAUUCUA